UUCACCUCACCACAACAUGAACGGUAUAUGCGAGAGUGUGCUACUUUUUACGUUACGUUUUGCAAUUAAGAGCAACAAUCUAACUCAUUAUAACAGGCUUAAUUAAUUAAAUGCUUUCUAUUGAAAUGCCAGUCCACAUCAAAGGGUUAUACGUCUGGUCAGUGACGCAUGCUCGGUUUCGCCCUCUACAGUCUGGGUUCUUUGGGGAUGCGAGUCUGAGCGAAUCCCUUAAUCCUGAACUCUCGAACUGAGAAGUAUAACAGCGCCAUUUCUCAGUAUUAGAGACACGUCCGCCAAGCAAGAGUCUAACAAUCUCUACAACUAACAUACUGGACAAAGACGCAAUGUAACAAAAUGAGCAGGUAGAUGGUAGUAUAUCUGUUUUUUCUCCACGGGAACGUAAUGUGGAGAGGGCUCGUUGCCAUUGCCUGGAGGACAACGCUUGGAUAAGGAAGAGAGCGCAACAUUUGCUGUUACGGAUAUACAUUACGGAUAUUUCACAAAAAUGUUUUAUGCAGUUUGUCCCCGUCUACUUCAGAGCGCCUAUGUUAUGUUACUGCUGCUUUAUGACUGCACUGGAGGCUCAGUUUCCCAGCAGACCUCACAGCUAUCCUCAUAUGAGGUGACGGUACCGAGACGUAUCAGCAGACAGAGGAGAGAUCAGGACGGUACAGAUAAGGUAUCAUACUUAAUUCAGGCUCAAGGGAAAGAACAUGUUGUUAUCUUGGAAAGAAAUGAAUUGCUUCUCCCUGGGGAUUUCACUGUGUACUCUUAUGCAAAAGAUGGAUCUAUGGUCACAGAGAAACCUGACACAACAGGUAAUUGUCAUUAUCGUGGAUACAUAGAAGAUGUGAAGGGGUCUUCAGCAGCGGUCAGCCUGUGUUCUGGAUUAAGGGGUGUAAUCAUCUCAGGGGAUGAAAGUUUUGGCAUUGAGCCAUUGGAGGGCUCAUCCAGUGAUGAGCACUUGGUGUAUCGUUUGGAGGAUGUAAAGACUGAACCUCUUACCUGUGGAACACCUCAUUUUAAUAACCAUGAUGAUGAAGUGUCGUCAAGGCAACCUACAGAAGGCGAUCUCCAUAAUAUCACAUUCAGUCAAGCUGGCAGUCGUCUGAUAAGGAGAAAGAGGGCCAUCCUGCAUCAGACUCACUAUGUGGAGCUGCUGAUGGUGGUGGAUAAUGAAAGGUUUAACUACAAAAAGAGAAAUCAGACUGCGGUGCUUGAUGAGAUGGUUCAGAUCGCUAACUACGUGGAUAGUAUGUAUAUGCCUCUGAAUAUCCGUGUUGUGUUGGUGGGGCUGGAGAUCUGGUCUAUGCAGAACCUCAUCAAUACAGAUGGCAGUGCUGGAGAAGUGCUGGGGCGCUUCACUCAAUGGAGAGAGAAAGAGCUUGUCCACCGCCGUCGUCAUGACAGCGCUCAGCUCAUCCUAAAUAAAGGGUUUGGUGGAACAGCAGGUAUGGCUUUCGUCGGUACGGUUUGUUCCAGAAGUCAUGGUGGUGGAAUUAAUUCGUUCACCACUAGUAACGUGAUAUCAUUCGCCUCCAUUGUGGCUCACGAGCUCGGUCACAAUCUCGGGAUGAACCAUGAUGAUGGACGAAACUGUAAAUGUGAUGUCACACACUGCAUCAUGAACUCAGGGGCAACUGGUUCUCGUAACUUCAGCAGUUGUAGCGCCGAUGACUUUGAAAAGAUGAUUCUGAAUUCAGGAGGUCGCUGUCUGCUGAACACACCGCGGCCGGACGAGGCAUACAGCGCCCCCUUCUGCGGGAACAAGCUGGUGGACGUGGGCGAAGAGUGUGACUGCGGAUCAGAGGAAGAGUGUAUGAAAGACCCUUGCUGCGAGCCAAAGACGUGUAGGCUGAGAUCAGGUGCUCAGUGUGCGUACGGAGUCUGUUGCAAGAACUGCAGGUUUUUACCUGGUGGCACAGUGUGCAGAAGCAGCACAGAUGAAUGUGAUUUACCAGAGUACUGUAAUGGCACAUCUGCCCUUUGUCAGAGCGACGUCUUUAAACAGAACGGUCAUCCCUGCAAACAGCAGCAGGCUUACUGCUACAACGGCCAAUGUCAGUAUUACGACACCCAGUGCCAGGCCAUAUUUGGAACCAAGGCUAAAGCUGCUCCUGAGCUGUGUUUUAAGGAUGUGAACUCUAAAGGCGAUCGCUUUGGAAACUGCGGAUAUCAUUCCAGUGGCUUCAAGAAGUGUGAGAGCAGAAAUGCAAUGUGUGGGAAACUACAGUGUGAGAACGUGCUGACAUCAGUCAUAUUUGGCAUCAAGCCGUCCACCAUUCAGACCCAUAUUGCCGGCACUACCUGCUGGGGCGUGGACUUCCUGCUGGGCUCUGAUGUGCCUGAUCCUGGCAUGGUCAAUGAGGGCACCAAGUGUGGAGAAAACAAGGUUUGUUUAAAUUGCGAGUGCAGGAGCACAGAUGUUCUAAAUUAUGACUGUGAUGUGGAAAAGAAAUGCCACAGCCAUGGGGUGUGUAACAGCAAUAAAAACUGCCACUGUGAAUACGGCUGGGCUUCUCCGUUUUGUGAGUCCCCAGGGUACGGAGGAAGCAUCGACAGCGGCCCCACAUGGAACGAUAAAGAUACCUCCACACGGGAUGGGCUGCUUGUAUUUUUCUUUGUGAUUCUUCCUCUCCUGGCUUUGGGUCUGUUUGUGUUCAUCAAGAGGAACGAACUUAAGCAACGCUUCUUGAGGAAGAAACGCUCUCAGAGCUACGAAGCUGACAGCAGACCGCAGACUACUGUGUCCCAACGGGGAAACCCUAACAGUAUAGUAAAGGAUGGGCACCAGGCUCAGUUGUUGCCAACAGCAGAGGUGGUCCGGACGAAUACACCUGCCUCUGUUCCAUUUUAUGCCACAAGACCGCCACCACCUCCAUUUUCACGACCACCUGCUCCGACCCAACAACUUAUGCCUCAAAGACCAGCACCCGCACCUCCAGUAUAACGGUUGCAUAUCUGUCUCUUCAUGGAGAGGGACGAGUCAACUGUGAAAUAUGCAGUGGGUGGAGCCAAGGGGGUAUCAGGUGGUCAAACUCCCUCGCCCCCACUUCUUCACCUCUCCUUCCGUAAACAGCUGUCAACUGUCCAUCAAAGAGAGAGAUGGUUAAUGUCGUGAAAAAACCCUCAACUCUCAAUAGAUCACACAGAGUUCAGGGCGUCUCUGAGCAGGCUAAAAGGCUGAUGUCCUUCAUUGCGUUUGAUUACUUACGCACUCAAUAGGACCACUGCGACCAAUUGCACUUCAAGAAUAGCCACUGUUUAUGGAAAAUGUACAGAGACCCUUUGCUUUUAGACUGGUGUUAGAGGUGUUCAUUUCUUCUAACCUCUCGCCCUUUUUUGUGUGUGUGGAAUGGAUUCUAAAUUGAUCGAUUGUGGUUACUGACAACAUUUCCUGUUGUAAUGUGUAAAGGAAAAUACUUUCAUUUGAUUUCCUAGGCAUCCCUAAGAUAUUUACAAGGUUAUCAUUAAGUGUAUUUAAAUGGCCCAUGGUAACUGCUAAUCAUUCUCUGUGCACUGUGGAGUAUUAUACUCGCAUUUAAGUUUGUGCUUUCCUGUGUAAAAAAACUAAAUUCAUUUGUUUUUUAUAAUCUGAUAUUGUUGCUGCCCAACAUAGGGUUUAAAAUUUUAAUUUGACCAUGUAUGCAUAGUUUUAUUUACAUGCUUUUAUUUAUACGGGACUUUUAUAGAAAAUUUAUUUUUUACUUCAUUUGCCAUGUGAAAUUCUGUCCCGUGAGGCAAAUGUCAGGUUAAUGCUUAUUUUUGAAACUAACUUGUUUGACUGCUGGUUUUAUUGUACUGUUGCAUUCUUUUUUUAAUACAGGAAACAACAAUAACAAUGAAGACAACGUUGUACGUUUCUCUCCUGUCAUUUUAAAGGGCUAAAUGACUUUAUGCAUGAUCUAACAUACUAUGCUACAACAUUUCUUCCUGGCUGAAACUGUGUCAAUGACAGAAAAUACAUUUUUGCCUGCAUGUUUAUCAACUUGUGAAAUACAAAUGUCCUUGUGAUGAGGUUAACACCACACCGAGUAGAUUGUGUAUAGUAUGAGUGAAGUCAUGCACCCUCGAACACUUUACAGCUGUAACAUGCCUCUGCGGAUAUUUUAGAACACAUUGGACAUUCACUAUCCUCACAUUAGAACAGCGUGUCCUGAUUUUGCUGAGUAAGGCAUGUUUCUGGGUCAAUAGUUUGGUAAGGUUCUUGAACAAUGCAGUCAAGAACACUUCAACUGCUUAAAACCGUUAAAAGUUUUGUCUCAGUUAUAGCCCUUAAAUAACAAUGCCAGUCUAACAUUAGCACUGAACCUAGCCCUAAAUUUGACCGUCAGGAGUUUUUGUUCAUGGCUAACAAAGACGUUGAGCCAGGUACAUGCUGAACUUUGGCUAAAUCGUGUUCAAUAUACAUUUACUUUAGUAAGCUCAGCCAAGUGCCAAUCAUGUCUGAUUAUGAGUAUUAUUUUAUAUAUCUUUAUAUUAAUGUAUAGGAGUGAAUGAAUGAUUUCCCUCUUCUUGCAGUGUUUUUCCAUUCAUGUGUACCUUACAGAUGAAGCAGCUGUUGAUCAUGGCUUGAUGUUUAAUGGACUGGGUGGAGACUCACUUUAUGUUGGGCUACCUAUAGUGGCAUGGUGAUGAUUUACCUUUUUGCUUAUGAAAAUAAAAAUCACUGGUAUGUUUCUA